UAGCUAAGUAGUUUUCUCAAUAAAUAUUUGAAACAUUACAAUGAUUUUAACAAACAAAAAAGCAGGGUACUCCAAUAAUUAUGCAAAAUCAACUAUAUAAACGUAACCAAGGGACAGAACGAGUCCUAAUUAGAACGUGAAAGUCGUGCAUGAAUUUCAGAUAAUUCCUAAUACUUAAAUACACUCCUGUCAAGUUAGAACAUGAAAGUCUUGCAUAUCAAAUUUGAGAAAAAAAAUGAAUGCAAACGAGUAGCUUUGAAUCUUAUAUUCGACGUUUGAGUGGAAAACAGAAUUCGGACGGACUAACUCGCAACGUUGUUUGACUAUCACAAAAGCAUACACGUACAGGUUUGUCAUGAUAAACAUCAAGCUCGAGUAGUCUUUUUUUUUUUUUUUUUUUUUUUUUGCUCGAGUAGUCUUAGGCUACCGUAACUUGCUCACACAUAACCCAUGUCAAGUAAAAAAUGGCUUGAUUUUUAGCUUCUUGUGGAUUUUUUUCACAAUUUAGAUAAUUUAGCACUGCCGAUAUAUAGUAUACGGCAACUUUUGUUUUCUCAAAAAUUCAGUAUCCUUAAAAGAGUUUUGUCAAAAGAAAAAAAAAAGUAUCCUUAAGAGUUUGGGCGUAUGUAUUUACUAUUUGUCUCUCAUGUUACACAUUAUAUAUUAUGCAUCGUCGUAAUUUCCAAUAGUUUCACAUGUGAAGUUCGAACUGUCUAUUCGAUGGGAAUGCCCCAAUCUUCUAGAAUAUCUAAAAUCCCAUUAUUAGCUCAAAUACAGGUGGAAACAACUUGUGGUUUGUUCCUGCAGACUAAAAUAGGUUUCUAAUCGAUAUCGACAUUGGGGAUGUAGCUCAGAUGGUAGAGCGCUCGCUUAGCAUGCGAGAGGUACGGGGAUCGAUACCCCGCAUCUCCAUUUUUUCAAUCUUAAUUUUAUGUGUUUCAUUCUAUGAAAUAUCUUAAACAAGACCAAUGACGAAAAGUAUGUUGCAGCAUUUCCCACUAUGCGUAUAAUUAAUUGCGAAAGUAGAAGCUAAUGAUUUGUUUGUUUGCCUUUAAUAAUUCAUUUAAUUAUCACCAAAACUAAAAAUAGAAGAAACUAUUGAUGGUUUUACAAGCAACACCAACUAUUGUUGGUGUAUGUUCAUUUCGCUUUCAUGUUCCAUUGACAAAUUGGAUUAUAUGUUUUCUCCGUUUAAGCUGAUGUCGAUGUGCAAUUCGUCAACUAUUUGGUCCUCACUUUAAAAGACCUUUUAAGAAUGAUUAUUGAUUAGCGAUUGAUUUACCCUCCUAAUCAAAUUGACAUUUUGAUUUUAUAACUUCCGUGCGCGUCAAAUCUCAUGGAAGUCACUCUAUGCCUUUUCCAAGGAUAUAUGUUGUAUAUAUAUGUUUAGGCUUGAAACCAGAGUUUUUUUCAGUAUCCAACAUGAACUCUAAUAUGAAAUACUUGAUGAAAAGAUACAAUCAAACGGAAGACGUCAUAAGGAUUCAUUAUAUGGCAAAAAGCGACCCAAAGAAUGACAAUGUGCAUUUCACGUUUACAGAUUAUAAUCAAUAGAAAAAACCCAAUCAUAUCAAAGUUUAACCUCCCUAACCGCAUGUUUAUUAAAUUGGGAAAAAGAUGGGAGCAAUACAUCCAAACAUGACUUUAGCUUCACUCCUACUCAAUGCUUAAUUUCCCAAAUAUAAACCAAACACUCUCUCUUUAAUUUCCUAACCCGACACGUAUUCCACAGAAAAAUUAACGGAUUUGCCACUAUGAGCUUCUUGGUUCCUAGUAGAGGAGCCAAGAUUCCUCUAUCCAUCAUCGUUCUUGUUAUAUGCGGUUUUAUGUUCUUCGUUCUCUUAUACACCGAAAGAAUCAGCUUGAUGUCCUCUUCCACUUUGUCUUCUAAUGUCCUCAAGUUAAAGUCUUGUCCUAGGAAAGACCUUAGCUCUAAACCUAAGGAUAUAGUUCAAGAGGAGAAAAUACGAGAGGAGAAUGGUCGAGAAGAGAGAUCAGAAAAUAUGGAUGUGGUGGACGAUAGGUUUGAAUUCGAUCCAGAAGAGUGUAAUGUUGCAGCCGGGAAAUGGGUUUACAAUAGCUCAGCUGAGCCACUCUACACUGAUGAGUCAUGUCCAUACAUCGACCGUCAAUUCUCUUGCAUGAAAAACGGAAGACCAGAAACUGAUUAUCUUCGGUGGGAAUGGCAGCCUGAUGACUGUACCAUCCCACGAUUUAGUGCGAAGUUAGCAAUGAACAAACUGAGAGGAAAAAGAUUGCUAUUUGUGGGUGAUUCGUUGCAACGAAGCCAAUGGGAAUCGUUCGUGUGUUUGGUUGAAUCAGUUAUACCCGAGGGAGAAAAAUCAAUGAAUCUUGGCCAAAAAUACUUUGUUUUUAAAGCAAAGGAAUACAAUGCGAGUAUAGAGUUCUACUGGGCACCGUAUAUUGUGGAAUCGAACACGGAUUUGCCUGUGAUUUUGGAUUUGAAGAAAAGGAUAGUGAAAGUCGAUUCAGUGGAAGAUCGAUCCAAGUAUUGGGAAGGAGCUGAUAUUCUAGUUUUCAACACUUAUGUUUGGUGGAUGAGUGGAAUCAGAAUGAAAGCUUUGUGGGGUUCAUUUGGAAACGGAGAGAGAGGUGCGGAGGCUUUAGACACAGCAGUGGCUUACAGGCUAGCGCUCAAGACAUGGGCUAAUUGGGUUGACUCUACCGUUGACUCUAAUAAGACUAAAGUCUUCUUCACCACCAUGUCUCCUACUCACUCUAGAAGUGCGGAUUGGGGGAAGCCAAACGGCCCUAAAUGUUUCAACGAGACAGAGCCAAUAAAAGAUAAGAGCUUUUGGGGAACAGGUUCCAACAAGGAGAUGAUGAAAGUGGUGUCAAGCGUCGUGAAGCACAUGGCCACGCACGUGACUGUCAUUAACAUUACGCAGCUCUCCGAGUACCGCAUCGACGCACACACAUCUGUAUACACGGAGACAGGGGGCAAGAUGCUAACGGCUGAGGAGAGGGCUGAUCCAAUGCGUCACGCUGAUUGCAUACACUGGUGCCUCCCUGGGUUGCCCGACACGUGGAACCGAAUCCUAUUGGCUCAUUUGUAAGUAAAAAAAGAGCUAGGAAACUGAUGAUGAAAACGGAAAUUAACCCAAGUCCUCUCUCACUGUUUUCUUCUUGUGUUGUGAGACAAUUGUUUUUUUUUUUAAUAUAUGUGGAUGUAACGUGGUAAACGUGACGUGAAGAAAUUUGAAAAAGGAAGAAAAAGAGAGAGUAUAUUGGUAGUUUUCGCAUCCACAUUACUAUUGAGUUCGAUUUACACUAGAAACUAACCUAUCACUUUUUGAUCAGUUUUACUUGGUUUUCGAUCCAGAUAAUUAACAUGGUGGAUUAAAUCAAAUUAUAUGUCUUUCCUCUGAUACUAAUCGGAAGAUAUCCAAACAAUGCUAUUAAGUACAGUGAAAUUUCCAUAAAUUAAUAAUGUUGGGACUACACCAAAAUUAUAAGUUUUUUAUUAAUUUAUAAAAAUAUUAAUUUAUCGAUAUAAUAAUUGAAUCAAAAAUUCAAUUUGGAAUUAUAAAAUUAUAUUAUUUUAUAGAGAUUUUAGUGUAUAUUAAUUUACAGAGUAUUAAUUUAAAGAUGUUAUAUCGUAUGUUCCUCCUGAUACUGACCGGAUAGCCGAUAAAGUUUACGAUAAAACAAAAUUCUUCGAGUGGUGAUCAUUCUGGAAACAUUUAUUGGAAGUUUAUAAAUUGUUUGGUUUGAUUAUUUUAAAAAUUCAUUAAACCAAAACGGAACCGCAGUAAACCAGAUUGUGCACGCAAUCAAACCCAAAUAUGAGGGGCAGGAUGGCCUGAGGCCUAUUAUUUAAAACAUGGGCCUAUAGUAAUCUUGGGUUUUAUUAGAGAGCUAUGUGUGUGACAGUCCGAUGGUAACCUAACCCUAAAUGAACUCAUCGCCGUCAAGAGGAAGCUGUAUAUAAUCCCUUCUUCUUCAUCUUUUGCAUAUUACAACUCAAUUUGAUAUCUUAUCUCUUUAUUCAACUGAAAAUUCAAUCAGUUUUUCAUUUAUUUGUGAUUUGAAUUCAUUAUUUUUGUUUCUUCUUGGGAUGUUAAAGCUUCUUUCUCUGGCUGAUAGGAUUAUUAUUAUAAGUUCCUCAUCGGCUCGUUCAUAUUGAAGCGAAAUAAACUCAACUUACACGCUGGUCUGCUGCGUCAGAUUACUAUACGCUGCAGCGUAGGAAGAAUGAGAUAUUUUAAUUUUUACUCUUUUUUUUGUAAUCUGCCGUUGAUGAUUUUCGUAGGCUUGUCCUGAUCAAAUUCAUGACGUUACUAUUGAAUCAAUGAGUCUGAGGCUCUUUGUUUUA